AUGGGGAAGAGUGUUGAGUCCGUACAGGACCAGCAAGAUGUGGAGGUCGGCGUGGUGGCAGCCCUGGCUCAGGAAGGGCCGGGCCUCAAGCGCAAUUUCAACAUGAUCAGCAUCAUGGCCCUGGGGUUCAAUACAUCCAACAGUUGGAUUGCUAUUGCAGGAAGCUUGCCCCUGGCUAUUGCAGGAGGUGGCACGGUGACCUUACUGUACGGUAUCUUGGUGGUGUGCUUUGCAAUGUCCUGCACUGGGCUCAGCCUGGCUGAGCUGGCAGCUGUGUAUCCAUCGGCCGGUGGCCAAUAUCACUUCACUUCCAUGUUGGCUCCGGCCCAGCAUCGCCGGUGGUUGUCCUACCUGUGUGGAAUCAUCGGUAUCUGGUCAUGGGUGGCCAUCGCUGCUUCGCUAUCAUUGAUGAUCACGGAGGGUAUCAUGGCUUUGGUUCUCACCUAUCACCCUACCUUCCUUCCACAAUCCUGGCAUUACUUUCUUAUGUAUCAAGCGGUGCAUAUCAUUGCCAUGGCAUACAAUAUUGGGCUACUGUCCAAGACGGUCUGGGUCUAUGACUGGGCCUUCUACUUCUCUCUGGCCCUGUUUGUUAUCACCACAAUCGUCUGCCCCGCACGCUCGGCCGUUCAUGCAGACUCGUCCACCGUCUGGGGUCAUUUCGUCAACUCCUCAAAUGGGUACUGGUCGAAUGGAAUUGUAUUCCUGACCGGUCUGUCGACCCCGUCCUACAUGCUCAUCGGUCUGGACGCCACGAUGCACAUGGCAGACGAGUGUCUUGAACCAGCACGGACAAUCCCGCGUGCCAUCUUGUCGACCGUGGGCAUUGGUUCUGUGGCUGCCUUCGCGUUUGCCUUGGCCAUGUGUUACAGCGUGACCGACUUUGACAGUCUGGUUGAUGCAGCCUCGGGGUUCCCAAUCUACGAUCUAUGGGCACAGGCAAGCCGAUCGACAACCUGCGCGACGGUCUUCCUCGUCGUGAUGAUUUCGAUCAUGUUUGUUUCAGCUUGCGCGAUUCAUUCUACUGCCUCACGGUUGACCUGGUCGUUUGCAUGCGACAACGGAAUCUUUCUCUCGGGGUACUUGAAGCAGCUGGACUACCGACACGGCGUUCCUCUGUACGCUCUAGGCCUCAAUUUUAUUGCCUGCUUCGUGAUUGGAUUCCUCUACCUUGCGUCUUCUUCCGUCUUUAAUGCGUUUGUCGGAACUGCCAGCAUUCUGUCGCAGAUUUCCGUCACGCUACCAAUCGCAUUGCUCAUCUGGCAGCGUCGGUCGGAGAUCUACCUCCCCAGUGGACGCCACUUCGGUCUUUCGUCAGGACUGGGCUACUGUUGCAACAUCGUCGCUGUGGUCUAUACCAUGAUCGUCACGAUCUUCCUCUGUUUCCCCACAUCCUUUCCGCUUACGGGUGGCAAUAUGAACUAUACCGCUCCGGUCCUUGGGGUAAUCGCAAUCCUAACCGGGCUGAAUUGGGUAUUCUAUGCGCGUAGUCGAUACGAGGGUGCUCACGUGGGGUAG